AAAAGAUUGGCUGUGGUUCUACGCCCGGAAAAGUAGAUCCGUUAGAAUUCUAAUUAAUAAAACCUGUCUUUUAUUUUUUAUUAAAUUAGAUGAUAGAUAUCAAAAAUAGACGGCAAUGUUUAGGCAUUAGUGUCUUGUGUGUCUUAUUCUUAUUCUUGUUGACAAAUAUUCAGUUUUUAAGCCGAGAUCGUUUUUCUCGGGAUCUGUUCAAGCAGCAAGUGAAGCACAACUACCUCAUCGUGAUAGGAACGGAGGCUCAGUUUGAGUCAAGAAGAAAGCUAAUACGCGCUAAUUAUUUUGGCAUUCAAGACAACCUGAAACCUAUUACUCUGGACCAUGUAAAGUACCAAUUCUUGGUGUAUGGGGGAACACCUCACUCGGAUACACCUGAAAGAAGACUGUUUGAGACUGAAAAAAUGGAAUUUGAUGAUAUUUCACUUUUACCAGCCGAGAAAUCAUUCAAUCAAGACACGGUUGUUAAAUGGUUGGGCAAAAAAGAGUACGAUUAUGUUAUUAUUCAGGACCCACAUAGUUUUGUGGAUAUACAUCGUUUAAUUCAAAAAAUAGAAACAGAGCCAUCUGUUAAACAAUGGGGAAACUUGGAUCAAGGUGUAGUAGUGAUUGGCUUGAACAAUGGUCCAAUCAAUCCAUUAGCGACUCAGUUAUGGGAAAACAGCAUUGAAUCAGUAGACACUAGUUAUAUAUCGAUACAACAUGUUUAUCAAGACCAAGACUUUACAAAUCUAGUACAAUUGUAUCAAGUAAAGCCAUUGUCUUCAUUGACAGGUAAUCAAUCCAUUGCUGUCAUCACUUCCUCUUUUAUCUAUGAUAAAUGUAUGGAGCCCAGUGGUACAAGAGCUUCUCUUAAUAAGCGUGAUUAUGCAACACGCCACGGCUAUGCAUUUGUGGCUCGGUCAAGCGAGUUUGCUCAACAAGCAAUGCGACCCGAUCAACGUCGUACUGUCUGGGGCAAAAUUGAUGCAAUUCAAAAAGUAUUACCUAAAUACGAAUGGCUUUUAUGGCUUGAUAUGGAUGCUGUAGUUAUGAAUCAAGCCCAAUCAGUUGAAUCUCUGUUACACACCUUGGAAUCUUAUUAUAAUGGUACUGAUUUUAACGAGAUUGAUUUUAUUGUAGUUCGACCUGGAACAGACAAGAUGAUUAAUGCAGGUGUGUUUUUGAUCAAAAAUACGGCAUGGUCUGCUCAAUUCUUGCGAGACAUCCAGGCUAGACAAGAAUGGUAUCGACAGGGCCCUAGUUAUGAACAAGGCGCUAUGUGGGAUGUAAUGCGCGAGGAGAAAUAUAUCAGGAAGACCUUGUUUCUCGAUAGACAAAAUCAUAUCUUUAAUACGUUUCCCAAGUUUUAUGAAGAAGGUGACUUCAUUGUCCAUUUUGCACCAGACAAGUGUCCUAAUGCAGCGACAUUAAAGGGCUUGGCAGCUGCUGAUAAAAUCAAAAGUGGACAAAAAAUAACUUCUGCAGAAUUAAUUUAACUGGCUUUGAUGACACUUUUUUUUCUUACAAAUAAACAAAAACGUGUGGAUACACUAUGAGUUUAUCG